CUACUUUCAGAGUAAAGCCACACAAGACUUAGGAACAACAUGGAGUUUAUUUUCGUUCAACUAUUUAUAUUUUUAUUAUCGACGCGCUUGGGUACCUCGGACUGGGUUUCAGAAUGGAUGGGCCCAUUACAAAAUCAAUUCAAAGGGCUACCAUCACAUAGGAGGUCAGAUCCAGAUUUGAGGAUGAUUCAAGUGACUCAGGAGCCGGAAGAAAACAAAAAGAUGCAGCUGGUUGAUAACUCGGAACCUCCUAAACAGCCCAACCAGUUGUCAGCGAUUAACUUGAAGAUCAAAUUAGAAGAGACGCUGCGAACUGCGAAGGUGUUAGCAGAAACUUUGAAAAUACAAAUAGCCGAUUUGAUUGGUCGUGAGAAUGUGUUGAAACACGCUAUCACAAACGGCAGGUCAGGGGUCUCAACACUGACAGUAACGACAAUGAGCCAGGUGCCUCGCUCCUACAUCAUUCGGGAUGGACGCUGGACUCUUUGCAAUGGAAUGAUACAGUUUCCGUUAGCUGGCCAGGCUAAUAUGUUCAACGGUUUGUUCUCGGAACCAAGAUGCAUCGGGAGAGAGGUAGCAACCGUCCAGGAUCCAUGUGUGUUCAACUCCAUCAUCAAAUACGACGUGGUUCCUACCAAGAGGGCGCUUGAAUACAAGGAGGACGAAUACCUCUGCCUGAAGCCAACCUUCAACAUCACGCUGGAGCGAUACAUGAGCGUCACCAGGCAACUCGUCAAUGAGACGUGUAAAGAUGGAAUCGUCAAAAGCCUCGCUGAAAGUAACCUAGAAUGUGGCUUAAGAAUAUUGUCUGAAUACAGUUUCUAUCCGCAUAGAAGUUCAGCUGCCGCCUCUCUGCCCCUAGAAUACUGCAUCGAAAAGGAUGGCUCCUGCAAACUCAUCAUGGCCUGGCACGUCUCUAACUCAACCAUAGAGAACUUCGAGUUUUUGAAAAACGAACACAAUUUCAAAAAGUAUUUCAUAAAAAAUGGACCGUAUAUCGAUCAUGUUAUUUAAUUGUUUUUAGCAACGUAUUGUACAUAGCUUUUUCAAGAUUGUUUUGAUGAAAAUAAAGGUUACUUCAUAGGUACUGA